CAAAUCUUAACACAAACGCUUUAAUUUAUUCUUUGUGUCAAUAAAACUAUUUCUAGAACUAUUUUUUUAUACAUUUAGGAUCAGAUCUAUAGAAUGAAAGUUUUUUUACUCACAGAUUCUCUAUUUCUCAAAACUGGCCCCCUAAUUUCUUACUUCCCCUAUAUUAAACCCCCAGAGAAACAAAAGUGUCUUUUAUUUGCUAUAAAAGCCCUCGCACUUACACUUUCCUCGCAAAUUCUACCCACAAAACCUCUCUCUCUCUCUCUCUCUCUCUCUCUCAAAAUCAGAAACAUGGAGGUUUCAGAGAGGAAGCCUUAUUUCAUCGAAGAAGAAGAUAAGUUGGCUUCUUCUUUAUCGGAGAUGGAAGCUGGGUGUUCUGGUAACAAGGUAAACUCACAAAACGGCAUCGUUCCAAGUCCUUUCUCUUACGUCGGAAUGAACAGUUUCAGCAAAAACACUAACUCCUAUUACAACAACUACAACCAUCCAAGCUAUUAUCACCAUCAAUACUCUGUUUCCUCUCCGAGAUCCGCAGUUUCUGGAAGAUUCCAUGAUUUCAGAUUCGAUAAUCGACAGCCUCAUUUCUUGGAUUCGUGUUUCCUCUGUCAGAAACCACUCGGUGAUAACAGAGACAUCUACAUGUACAGAGGAGACGUGCCGUUUUGCAGUGAAGAGUGUAGACAAGAACAGAUAGAGAGAGAUGAAGCAAAAGAGAAGAAACAGAGUCUGUCUUAUUCUGUGAAAUCAGCAAUGAGGAGAAAAGAACAAAGAAGCUCUUCUUCUUCUCCAACUAGAUCUCGUGGUUAUGCAUGUCACAACGGAACUAUUGCUGCUGCUUGAGAUUCUGAAUCUGAUUAUGAGUUUGGGAAUUAUAAUUAUAAUAAUAAUAAAAAAGGAAAACAAAAAGACAAAAACAAAAGAAGAAGUGAGAUUGUGUCUUAAAGUGUCGAAUCUGGUUUUGGGAUUCUCUUUUGAUAUUUUCUAAAUCUGAAGAUUACUUUAGCUUGAAGUUUCAGGGAAAGCUAAAGAUCCAUCAGCUUCUUCACUAGUUUUCUUUUCUUUUUUUUUAACUUGAAAGUUUUGGGAGUAUAUGAGAAGAGAGAAAUUGUAUAUGCCUGUGUGAGUUAUAAAGUCCAUGGGGCAUGCUUGAGUAAUCUUCUCGUGUAUCUAUUGGGUAAGAAAACAAAUACAUAUGUGACAGUUUUACAUGUUCAACCAUGAAAACAUAUACAAGGUAUUAAAAUUUAUACACUUUAUUCUAUGUUCUGGCAAA